CUUCGCUCUCCUCGCGAGAGGCAGUGUUUUCAUGCUCGCCGCCGGGGUCGGAGGUCAGAGCGAGCGUCUCCCAGGCCACAGGAGGAAGAUGGCGGUAGAGUCGCGCGUCACCCAGGAGGAGAUCAAGAAGGAGCCGGAGAAGCCGAUCGACCGGGAAAAGACCUGCCCGCUGCUGCUGCGCGUCUUCACCACCAACAACGGGCGCCACCACCGCAUGGACGAGUUCUCCCGCGGAAACGUGCCGUCCAGCGAGCUGCAGAUCUACACCUGGAUGGAUGCAACCUUGAAAGAGCUGACGAGUUUAGUAAAAGAAGUCUACCCAGAAGCUAGAAAGAAGGGCACACAUUUCAAUUUUGCAAUAGUUUUCACAGAUCUUAAAAGACCUGGCUAUCGAGUGAAGGAGAUUGGCAGCACAAUGUCUGGGAGGAAGGGGACUGACGAUUCCAUGACCCUGCAGUCGCAGAAAUUCCAGAUCGGGGACUAUCUGGACAUAGCAAUCACCCCUCCAAACCGGGCACCACCUACUUCAGGGCGCAUGAGACCCUACUGAAUUUUUACUGUGUCUUGAAUUUUGCAUUCAGUUCUAUAAAAUAAACUCCUCCUCCCCCCCCCCCCCCCCAAUCAUUGCCAUUAAGCCUUUAAACAAACUAAUGCAUCUAUUUAGGAGUUAGGUUUGGCUGUGCUGUGGUAUGGUAGUUAAUAGAAAGUCCUAUGUUUCAAGUCUCCCUUUUGUAAAAUAUGAAGAAAAGUGCUCUUAGCAGUCUAUGGGAAACUGUAUGGUUAAAUACAUGUGUGCAAUCAGCCUGAGUGUGAAAGUCCAUGGAGGCAUAGGAAUGGAUUUUAGCAUUUGGGGUCCAUGUUGAGUAGCAACAAAAGGCAUGUCUGUUUAAGCCUAAAUGGAUCAGAAAAUAGACAAAAACCACAGGUUAUAUUAAAAUGGAGCAGGAAUUUGUGGCCUAGAUUAUGAGUGUGUCUGUCUAGAAAGACCCACAUGAAUGAGACAGCAGCAUAGAAGAAGAAGCAUUUUGGAACAGUCAGUAUGACCUGAGGAAAGUAGAAGCUGUGUUUGAAGAGAUUUUGGCCUGCCUGUUUAAAGGUAAAAGUCACCACAAAAGGAAAGUUUCAGGUGGAAAUAAGUGCACCUGAAGACAGGAAUUGGGAUUUUUGGAAGCAGGCGUUACGAUUUAGGUCAUGGUCAGAAGGGGUGCUUUGGAGAACUGAAGAUGGUAGGCUUGAAAGAGGAAACAGAAGAGCCACUGAUGAGGCCAAGCUGAAGUUGGGAAUAUCACAUUAGAAAAAAAAAAAAUUACUUUAACGAGAGACCAAAACACUGCUCAGUUCUGGCUUAUGGUGGUGCUGGGGAUUGAACCUAAGACAUCGUGGAGUCUCAGACACUAGUCUUUUUGCAUAACCAUUAUGCUCUCCUCCCCACUCUGGGGAACAUCACAUCUUGAGAAGAAACCUUUACUGGGGCAUAGAUCCAGAGAGUUGACAUAAAGACUAGGUAUUUUUUUUUUUGUACCAGCAUCUCUGCAGUGCUGAAUAUUAAAUGUUUAGGAUUUUAAAAAUUAAAUAUGUAAGGUGAUGACUAUUUGCAAAUGCCUUAGCAUAACCUGACAUGUGAAAUGCUAUUGGGUUGUCCAAAAAGUCAUGACACAUUUUUGCAGAGAAAAACAUGAGGGAAAAUACAUCUGGCCUCUUCAGACAGCCCAGUAGUAGCUGAUGACUCUUGAGAGUCAAGGGGGGAGUCGGGCGAUAGCACAGUGGGUUAAGCGCAGGUGGAGUAAGGACCAGCACAAGGAUCCCGGUUUGAGCCUCCAGCUCCCCACCUGCAGGGGAGUUAUUACUUCACAGGCGGUGAAGCAGGGCUGUAGGCGUGUAUCAUCCUCUCUUCCUCUGUCUUCCCCUCCUCUCCAUUUCUGUCCUAUCCAACAACAAUGACAUCAAUAAUAAUUACAACAAUAAAACAAGGACAACAAAAGGAAAUAAAUAUUUAAAAAAUAAGAGAGUCAUGGGCAGGGGUAGAUAGCAUAAUGGUUAUGCAAAGAGACUCAUGCCUGAGGUUCCAGAGACCCAGGUUCAAUCCCCUGUACCAUCAUAAGCCAGAGUUGAGCAGUACUCUGGCAAAAAAAAAAUCAUAAA